GACUGUCUUUGAAGGCGUCGUCACAUAGGCGCGCUGACGUUGUUGUCACGUGACCACGCUGAGCGAAACAAACAUGGCGCCGCGAAAGUGAGGCAAAAACUCCGCCGUGAGUGAUUUUCGGCUCAAUUAACUUAAGUUAACAGCGCGUGUUCCUGCCUGGUGUAAUUGUGUGGAUAUAGCUAGGGCACAAUUCCCGUGCCUAGUACUUGCCGAGUGUGUACCGCCAAUUCGCCUUGUUACCAAAGGUGCGCAAGUCCCUUUGUCUGUUGCACUUUGAUGGCAAGAAGAGCAGGACAUCAAGGUAAACUCCAUUUUGAUUCGUAGGUGUGUGUCCACGGGUGUCUUGACGCGCAGUGUCUCAGGGGAGUCGACGACAGCUUUCUGGACGGCGCAAGCUCAGCUGAUCUCCGUUUAACUGAGCAAUAUGCCUCAGAGGAAACAAACUAACACAAGCAGGUGCAUUGACCCUGAAAGCCAGUUGUUGAAUGAAGACACACAGGAAGAUGAAGCCUUUGAUAAUGGAGAGGAAAAGGAUGAAAACUCAACUUCGCUUCUGCCUUCGUUUUCCGCCAGAGACAAACGGCGAAAAGAAAGGAAAAACAAAGUCAAACCUAAAGAGAUGACAGAGGAGGAGAUGAUGGCCUUGGCUUUGCGUCUAAGCGCUCAAGAAGCCAACGUCAGCGCUCGCAGAGUGCAGCAGGAAGAAGAAGCCAUGAUGAAAGCUAUCAAAGAAAGUAUGUUUUCCCAGAGUCAGAGCAUGCUGAUGGAAGAAGACUCCUCGCUGACCUGGCGCUCUCCAGCAGAGUCCAACAUCAACGUGACAGCGUCAGGAGAUUUCUGCAAGUCGGGGGCCAACCUUAGCCAAGAAAUGAAAGGAAAAGGACAAAGUCACUACAAGAAAAAGAAGAAAAUGGGAGAAAACCCUCCGCCAGAGUUGACGCAAACUCACCAAAUCUGCUCUCCGGCAUCACCCAGCAGCUCGGAGUCAUUGCCUGGGCUUUUGGACUCACCUCAGAGCUGUGAUUCCACGCAGAUCGACGACUACCAGCACUGUAAAUCCCCCGUGUUUCCCAUGAGCAAAGCCAAGGUCACCCUCUCCCCUCUAAACCAGUUCCUUUUGGAGACCUGUAAGUCCCCCGGAUAUGUGUUGGGCUCCCAACUCGAGGCUGAGCUGAGCGUACCUGAGAACUUGUCUUCGGUGUGUCACAAAAGUCCCCUCUUCUCUGGGUCAGAUCAGGGCGACGAUACUGAAAUGCACUGUGGGGACUAUCUAAAAAGUCCAGUGUUUGGAAGAGACACCCAGCAUGGCGGGUCUCCGGCAGGUACUUGUGACUCACAAGUUCUCUACCCAGAGAGAAAAAAUUCAGACGUAAACUUCUCCUCUGAAGAGAGUUUGAGCCCAUCUAUGAGGCUCACAUCCUGUCCGCCUAAAAGCCCGGUAUUCCCGAGGAGCCCCGCUCCUGCCAAGCACCUUACCUCCUUCAAGGACUCUCGACCAUACUCAGAAAGUUGUGUCUUACUGGAGACAGAUGGGGAGCAAGUCCCCUCAACAAACCAAGGAGCUGCGCUGGUGCCGAACGAUGUUUUCAAGGGAACCUCGGAAGCAGCGCUAACCAGUGAUAUGACGCUACGCUGGUCCGAAGAAGACGAGGAACAGAGAGAGACACUGGUGAGCUCACCCAGUCCAGUUUUUCCAGAGGAGAAGCGUUUUCCUCCUUCUGGAGACCAAGCGGCCGGUCAGAACCACAGGGCUGAAGCUGAAGUCACCCCAGAGACAAAUACCCUAAGCUGCAGUCAGACCAAUCAGACGUCUGUUUCCACCCAGCCAUCGGUUCACUACUACUGGGGCAUUCCCUUUUGUCCACGAGGUCUGGAUGCAGAUGCCUACACACAGGUGAUUCUGGCGCAGAUGGAGGUGUAUGAGAAGAGCUUGAAGGAGGCUCAGAGGUGUCUGCUCAGGAAGGCUGAAUGGGGGGAUGGGAUCGUGCCGCAGCCAGAGGUGAGGUCGCUAACAUGCCCUUUACCUGAAUCAUCUGAACGUCACAAAGUUCUUCGAAGGCGUGGUCUCAGACUGAGGGACAAAAAGCUGAGUCAGGACGUUGACAGCGUUCCAGUUGAGCCUGAGGAGGAAAAGGGAAAGCAACUUGAGGAAAAAGAGAGAGAAGAUGAUGAGACUGACUGUGGAGAGGAAGAUCAGCUGGGGUCUGACAACUGCGUGGUUUGUCCUGAAACCCAACUGAGCGAUGAAGAUCAUACAGAUCUUUCUAAGCCAAACAGUCCUGAAUGUGGUGAAAUCACCAAGAUAUGUGCUGAUCUGGCUGCUGAAAAGGAGAAGAUGGAAGUCUUAACAAACGGAGACGAGCAGGCAAAUCACUUUGUUGGCAGACUUGUUGAAAGAAAACCCGCCUCAGCUGAUGAGGGAGAGGAGCAGAAUUUGGGGCAAGGCUGUCUAAGGUCACAUUCGCCUGAGUUGGAUCCAGUUGGCCUCUCUCAGGCUAGCCCUGAGGUCAACAUGGAGUGUCCGAUUUGUCAAGGAACGUUUCCCAUCGGCAAGAUCGAGAUGCAUGCGGCGUACUGCGAUGGCGAGGAAGAGGGGGCCACCGUGGACGAGAACAUGCUUGAUCCGGAAUAUUUGCAAGUGUCCUUGACGCCUCGAAAGAAGAGGAAAAGGCGGGUAGCCAAGGAGGAGGGCAAUGCCUGCAGCACUGUCAAAAUCCAGGAGAAAUGUUACGUCUGUCAAAAAAAUGUGCCUGUGCGAGAGUUUGCCAUGCACACAGAGCUGUGCAUCCAACAGCAGGCCCCAAAGAUCCCUGUGAAAGGACCUCUAUUGUCUGCUCUGGCGCAAAUAGACAGCCGUGAUUCAGGAGCCAGCCAGUCCAGAUCCAAACUUCAGCAAGUUGAUGUCAUUGAUUUGAGGAGUGAUGAAGAGCCGGGAGGGGUUUCCAUGUUGGCAAUCAGCGACUCGCCCAUCAAGUCCUUCACUCCCAUCUCAGAAGCCACCGACUGUCUGAUCGACUUCAAGCGGCAGCAGCGACUGAAGAAGCCGAGCCAAAAACGAAGGUGAAGAUCGGCCUUUAAUAACGACGGCGAGAACUGGCAAAACAUCUCGAUGCCUUCUGACUAACCUCAGUCUUUUUAACAAAUGUUUAUGCAAGAACUUGAAGACUUCCAAAAAAAGAGGAACCAUCAUUCUAUGUCUCAGUCUGCAUAUUUAUAAACUUUGUGCGCUUUACUGUAGACUACCUCUUCGUGAAUUAAAACAUUCCCUGCUUUUUUUUUUAAUGUAUGAUGUGCAUAAAAUGCACUUAACUGUUAAAAUGCUGGGCGUUGAUUUAAAUACAACACAUAAUUGUGUGCAUUUAUUGUUGUUUUUUUCCUUGAGCUUAUUGAUACAAAAAGCAUACUGUGGUCAAAUACAUCCUGUGCUGAAUUGAGAUAAACACGUCAGUAUUGCACAUUAGCCCACUAAAAUAUAGAAUGAUAUUGAAAAAACUAUGAGACAACCUAGCACCUCGGAUCAGAAUGAAUAAAUAUUCUAAAAUAUGUUUUGUUCAGUUUUUCUGUAUUUUCAAAACAAAAUUAUAAAUACAAACUAUAAGUAAGAUGUGGCUUUUUUCGCUUGGCAAUAGGGCUGCAUCUGGCAGUUAUUUUAGUAAUCAAGUAAUCUAUCGACAAGUUUGAUAAAUCGAGUAGGUCAGUAAAACACUUUAUAGCCUCAAUGCAUAUUUUAGAAAAAAAAUAGUUAAAAUCAACAUUUUGUCUGCUUGCAUAACUUUCAUUCUUGUAUUCUAAUAAAUGCACAUUACAUUGAAAUUGCACUUUCAACACGUCUGCAUUAAUAAAAAUUAACACGGAUAUCAGUUUCUGCACGGCCAUUGCACAGGGGUGUUGUGUGGAUGCUAUGUCUGCCUAUUUAAAGUUCCCGGCCCACCAUGCAUCUGGCUCUAUUUGUAUUAGUUACACUUAAACAGUCGAAUCAACAGAAUAUAGAUAAGCUUUUUACUAUAACCGAUUCAUUGUUGCAGCCGUACUUUUUAGUUACUGUAACUGUAUGCCGUGUCAUUUAGUACAGUGUAUUGUAUGCUUUUUUCCUCUCGGAAAUAGUGGCUAGUAUUAAAGUGGCUAUUAUAAUUGCAUUUUGUAACAUUUCCGCUCAUUAUAUUGAAGGAAGUAUCUUGGUGUACAAAGAAAAACAUGCAUUUUCAAAUUUAGUUUUCAGAAAUUUUUAUUUUAUUAGUGUUUUGGAAAAGAGAGAUAGAAAAAAUGCACAUAGAAUAACAAUUAUUUAAAUAUGCUACGAGAUAUGGAACCUUUAAUUUAACAAAAAUAUCCUUCAUUCAAUAACAUUUUCCCUUGAUCUGGAGAUCUUUGUAUCCUGACAAAUGUAUAUUCAGACCUACUUAAAAAUCUUAUUCAUACAGAUUUGAAAGCCUGUAAUGUUUGUGUGUAAAUUAAAAACAAACUAAAUAAAAAAAAUCAUGAAAAUAAA